AGGAACUAGUGUGGAACUACUCACUAGGUAGGUAGGGUUAGGGUUAGAUCAGGAACUACUCUGGAACUAGUCUGGUUCAGAUCAGUGGGGAUCACUCUGGUCCUGCAGAUCAUCCUGGUUCCUGGGGAUCCUACCAAAGUUUCCAGAACCAUGUCGUCCUGGAAGCAGCGCUGCGAGUCGGACUGGGGGAUCCACGGAGCUCCGAUGCCCGAAGAUCUGGACUGGAAAUCCGUCCAUGAAGCCGCUCCGCUGGGGAGGAACCUGAUCAAGAACCCCUCACCCCUGGGGCUGAAUAAAGACGUUCCUCCACCAGAACCAGAACUUCCUGAAGUUCCCGGAGGAGGACCGGCCAGAUUCCAGCCUGAAGGUGAUUUCAGUAACUGGACGACGGCGGUGGAAGUUCUUCCCUACGACGCCAGCGGAAUCCCCGCCGGAGCCGUAAUCUGUGGAUUACCUCAGUUCAGCUGGUUCUCGCUGGAGCAGAUCGUGGACCUGAAGGCCCAAGGUCUUUGGGAGAAACUUCUGGACGAGUUUCAGCCGGAAAUCCACGUCCAGGACUGGUACGAGGAGAGCCAGCUGCACCAGAACAUUUACCAGCUGCAGGUGAAACUUCUCAGUUCAGACAAAACUGUUAUUUCUGAACACACGAUUAAACCAACGGAGGAUCUGGAGAAUUACUCUCACACCUGGAAGGAGGUUUCCCACGUGUUCUCCGGUUACGGACCCGGCGUCAGAUUCGUCCACUUCAUCCACCGACUGAAGAACAGUUUCCUCAACGACUUCUUCCCCACGCAGUUUACAGGCAGCUCGGUGGUCGUGAAGCCGGUUAAAACCAGUUAAAACCAGUUAAAACCAGUUAAAACCAGUUUAUAAACCAGUUAAAACCAGUUAAAACCAGUUAAAACCAGUUUAUAAACCAGUUAAAACCAGUUAAAACCAGUUUACAAACCAGUUAAAACCAGUUAAAACCAGUUAAAACCAGUUAAAACCAGUUUAUAAACCAGUUAAAACCAGUUAAAACCAGUUUAUAAACCGGUUAAAACCAGUUUAUAAACCAGUUAAAACCAGUU